GCCCACUCGGGACAAACCUGAACUUAUCUCGAGCACACUCCUCUGUGACAGCUCCCAUGUUGAUGACGAAAAGUAGUCAACUGCAGGGCUUCCUUCUUUAGCUAACAUGCUUGUCCUGUAAAGACUGACCCUGAAUGAUCAUGGCUUUGAAUCACCUGAACCUGCUGCGACCCCUUCUGUCUCAGUCCCUGGCGCGGCAUGCCAGCUCUCCCCUCAAAGUCGCCUCCUGGCUCGGUUGCAGACCACCGGUUUGUCCUGGUACCUCCCCCCACUCUGCUCCUGCGUGCAUCAGGCUCUAUGCCACCAAGAAGGCGAAAGCCAAGGCAAAAGGCCAGUCAGCGAAGGUGAAUAUUAAUUCAGCUUUGGUGGAAGACAUCAUCAGUCUGGAUGAAGUGAAGGAGGAAAUGACCGCCGUGGUCGACGCACUCAAAGAUGAGUUCACGCGCAGCCUCAGCAUCCGAACCUCGCCAGGGGCUCUGGAUCACAUUGUGGUGACGACUCAAGAUGGGAAGUUUCCUCUGAACCAGCUGGGUCAGAUCUCCAUGAAGUCACCUCAGCUCAUUAUGGUCAACAUGAGCAGCUUCCCUGAGGCUACAGCGGCGGCCACCCGCGCCCUGAGAGAGAGCAGCAUGAACUUAAACCCAGAGGCGGACGGGACCAUCAUCAAGGUGCCCGUUCCCAAGGUGACACGGGAACACAGAGAGAACCUUGCCAAGUUGGCCAAGCAGUUCAGCAACAAGGCUAAAGACUCUCUGAGGAGAGUGCGCUCCAAUGCUGUCAGCCAGGUGAAAAAGGCCAAAGAGGGACACUCUGAAGACACAAUACGACUAGUAGAAAAACAGAUUCAACAGAUGGCAGACAACAUUGCAGCGGACAUCGACAAACAACUUGCAGCCAAGUCCAAGGAGCUUUUGGGAUGAAUGUAAAAAAAGAAAAAACGUCAAGAAGUCUUCAGUUACAUAUUUCUGCAUCGAUUAGACCAGGGGUCUGCAACCAGCGGCCCCCGAGCUGCUCUCAUUGGACCUUCAACCAUUACUCUUAAUAACUUUUGCAAAUAAUGAAGAACCAAAAUGCAUGAUAACAAAUGCAUGUUUUAGCAGGUUUUCAGUUUUUACAUGGAAUAAUUGCCUUGAAUUUCCACUUCACAGUGAUACUACAGGUACCGGCAAUACCUUUUACAGUAAAAAAUAUUUAUGAAAUUCUCGUCAUUAAGGUGGAAACUAUGUUUUUGUUUUGUUUUAAAUCAUUUCCCACAAAUAUCAACAUCCAAUAAAAGAAAAUGUAGAAAAUC